GCUAUGAAGAUUCAAAGUUCAUGAGCUUGCGUUACAAUUGCGGCGGUUACAAAGUGAAGUUGUGGGGUGACUCUAUAUGGAGAUGGGACCUUUGGGGGUUUGGGAAAUUUGUCACUCACUGUAACAGCUGCAAAUUGGUUGGGAACAACCAAGCUAGGUUGGCAAGGGUGGCCAACUUGGAUGGAUUGGUUGGGAAGGGACAAAUGUCAAAGUUGGGGUUCCUAUAGGGAGGGAAUCUUUGUGCUUAUGGGGUUUCCUUGGUUGGGGACUCUCUUGGGACCUUCCCUCUCAUCCCUCUCUUUCUAUCCCAACAUUUCUCUUGCUCCUCUAAUUCCUUGUGCACAAGGUGAAGGUGCACAAGGUAACGCCUAUCCUGGGAUGUAUCUCAUGGUUGAGGAUGUGCAUGGGCAUGAGGGUGAUGUGGGAUCUGUCGGAAAGGUUGUGAUGCACCCUCUCAUGCACUGGGUGAUUGAUUCGGGUUGCACCAGUCACAUGACUCCACGGGCAGAUUUGCUUGAUGAGGUAAAACCCCCUGGGAAGAUCAAGUAUGUGGCAGCAGCGUCAGGUGCUUUGCUCCCUGUCAUUGGUGUUGGGAAUGCCAAGGUUAAGGGAGCAAAUGGGGAGCUUGUGGGGCUUGGGAAUGUUCUGCUGGUUGAAGGCUUGUCUGCUAACCUUCUCUCUGUGCGACGACUGCAGAAGAGCAAGGCCGAAGUGACAUUUGGACCAACCAGCUGCCGUGCUAAGCUUGGGAAGAAGGUGCUGUGGAGUUUGGAAGAGGAGACCAGCUGCAUCAAGGACCUGUGGCAGCUGCCCAUCAUCCCAUGGAAUGGGAAGACUCCAACAGCAGCAACGGCAGCAGCGGCAAAGGCAACAGCAGGAGGAGAUGCAACUGCACCAACUGAUGGGGUCCUGGAAGCAGUCAAGAAAGUGCAGCAGCAGCAGACACAUGGUGAGGUGCUUGCUGGUGUGGAUGCAAGUGCGGCAUGGGCUAAGGCUUCACCAAGGAGUGGAGAGGCCGAUUGGGAGACAUGGCAUGAGAGGCUGUGUCAUGUGAACUUCCCUAUGCUGCAGAAGUUGGUGAAGGAUGGGAGCCUGAAGGGCUUGGAGCAGAAUGGCGUGGCUGAGAGGUUCAACAGGACCCUGCAGGAGGGGGCACGCACUCUCCUUGGGCGUGCAGGGCUACCUGAUCCGUUUUGGGUGUCUGCACUGAGGCAGGUCGCCCUUGUGAAGAAUAGGGUGCUGGCUACAGUUGGAGAUAAGGAGUGGAUCCCAUAUGCCAAGUGGUAUGGGAGUGCUCCAGCGGUGAACAUGCUGAGGGCAUUUGGGUGCAUGGCGCCUCGUGCAUGGUAUCACAAGUUGGAGGAGGCGCUGUUGGCUGGGGGUUUCAAGAAGAGUGAGUGUGACCCCAGCCUGUUCCUGCUGCAGGAGAAGGAUGAAAUCCUCAUGCUCUUGGUGUACGUGGAUGAUAUCCUUCUCUUUUCUGCAUCAACUGCUUUGCUGGACAGUGCAGAGCAGAUGCUGGAGAUGCAGUUCAAGUGUUCCAAGAUGGGUGAGGUGAAGUACUACUUGGGGAUGCCUGUGGAGAGAGAUGUGGAGAAGGGUGUGCUGAGGUUGCACCAGAGGAAGUACUGUGAGGGGCUGGCUGAGAAGUAUGGGCUGCAAGAUGGGGGAAAGCCAGCAACACCACUACCUUCGGGGUUCACUGUGGAGCCAUGUGCUGAUGAGGAGGUAGUGGGUGAUAGUGACAGGAAGCUGUUUCAUUCGAUGGUUGGGUCGCUGAAUAUUGCUGCAAAUCAUACACGGCCUGACAUUGCAUUUGCUACAUCACGAUUGGCUAGUGUGGUCUCACGCCCUAGUCAUGAGCAGCUGGAAGCGGCCAAGAGGUUGGUCCGCUAUGUGAGCGCUACGGCAUCAGUGGGAUUGGAGUACAGUGGAGUGAGGCAGCGGUUGCAGAGAGGUGCUGCAGAUGUGAAGAGUGGAGAGAUGCUCUUGAGUUGCUAUACUGGCGCUAGCUUCAACUCAGUGAAAGCGGAUGGCACCAGCAUUGGGGGUUAUGUGUGCUUGCUAGGAGGUGGUGCUGUGAGCUGGCGCAGCAAGAAGCAGAAUGAGGUGGGAUUGUCCUCAUAUGUUGGUAUGGUGGAUGAUGGUUGGCAGCCAGAGGGGGAGAUUGUUGUGUGAUGUCAUCAUAUGCUAUCACAUUCUGUCUGCCUCCCAUCCCAUAUUUUUUUCAACUUGCAUGUGUGGUUUGAACGUGUGCAAGAAUUUGUGUGUGAUGUGUUCUGGAGUUUGGGAAUGUGUUUUGUGUUAUUUUGUUUGAGCAGGUUUUUUGUGAUGAUAGAUCUUGAGAAGAUCUUUCCGACGCAACGAGAAUCCCUUCAAUCGGAGCAAGAACGCGAAAGCUAUGAAGAUUCAAAGUUCAUGAGCUUGCGUUACAAUUGCGGCGGUUACAAAGUGAAGUUGUGGGGUGACUCUAUAUGGAGAUGGGACCUUUGGGGGUUUGGGAAAUUUGUCACUCACUGUAACAGCUGCAAAUUGGUUGGGAACAACCAAGCUAGGUUGGCAAGGGUGGCCAACUUGGAUGGAUUGGUUGGGAAGGGACAAAUGUCAAAGUUGGGGUUCCUAUAGGGAGGGAAUCUUUGUGCUUAUGGGGUUUCCUUGGUUGGGGACUCUCUUGGGACCUUCCCUCUCAUCCCUCUCUUUCUAUCCCAACAUUUCUCUUGCUCCUCUAAUUCCUUGUGAGAUUCUUGAACUUUGAUUGAACUCUUGAGAUUGAGUU